AUGGCCGUUACCAAGCGCGCAGGGCGCAAGAAGGACCAGGGCGGCUCCAAGCAGGCCGCUGCUGGCGGCGGCGGCGGAAAGGGAUUCUCCAAGAAGGCCGUCUUCGAGACGACCAAGAAGAAGGAAGUCGGCGUGUCCGACCUGACGCUGAUCAGCAAGAUCUCCAACGAGGCCAUCAACGACAACCUGAAGAAGCGCUUUGAGAAUGGCGAGAUUUACACCUACAUCGGCCACGUGCUGGUCUCGGUCAACCCAUUCCGCGACCUGGGCAUAUACACGGAUCAGGUGCUGGACGGCUACAAGGGAAAGAACAGGCUAGAGAUGCCGCCGCACGUCUUCGCCAUCGCCGAGUCCGCAUACUACAACAUGAACGCCUACAAGGAGAACCAGUGUGUCAUCAUUUCCGGCGAAUCAGGAGCCGGCAAGACCGAGGCAGCGAAGCGGCUUAUGCAGUACAUUGCCAACGUGUCGGGCGGCAGCAACAGUUCCAUUCAGGAGAUCAAGGACAUGGUGCUAGCAACGAACCCGCUGCUCGAGUCCUUCGGAAACGCAAAGACGUUGCGCAACAACAACUCGUCGAGAUUCGGAAAGUAUCUCGAAAUCCAGUUCAAUUCGCAAGGAGAGCCCGUCGGAGCAAACAUCAACAACUACCUUCUCGAGAAGUCGCGAGUUGUCGGCCAGAUCAAGAACGAGAGAAACUUCCACAUCUUCUACCAAUUCGCCAAGGGCGCUUCGCAGAGCUACAGGGAGUCGUUUGGCAUACAGCAGCCGCAGUCCUACGUCUACACAAGCAAAUCGCAAUGUUAUGAUGUGGACGGCAUAGACGAUCUCGCCGAAUUCAACGACACCCUCAACGCCAUGAAGAUUAUCGGCAUGUCACAAGAGGAGCAGGACAACGUUUUCCGCAUGCUCUCGACCAUUCUGUGGCUGGGCAACGUAACAUUCGUAGAAAACGAUGAGGGGAAUGCAGCCAUAUCAGACCAGUCCGUCGUUGAUUUCGUUGCCUAUCUAUUGGAGGUGGAUUCGGCGCACGUCAACAAGGCUCUCACCCAGAGAGUCAUGGAGACCAGCCGCGGCGGCCGGAGAGGCUCUGUUUACGAUGUUCCAUUGAACCGUGCACAAGCAGCGUCUGUCCGAGACGCUCUGGCGAAGGCCAUCUACUUUAACAUGUUCGAUUGGAUCGUCAUGAGAAUCAACAUGUCCCUGAAGGCUCGUGGAGAACAGGCCCACUCGAUAGGUAUCUUGGAUAUCUACGGCUUCGAGAUCUUCGAGCGCAACAGCUUUGAGCAACUGUGCAUUAACUAUGUCAAUGAGAAGCUGCAACAGAUCUUCAUCCAGCUGACCUUGAAGACUGAGCAAGAAGAAUAUGAAAGAGAACAGAUCAAAUGGACCCCCAUCAAGUAUUUCGAUAACAAGGUCGUCUGCGAACUGAUCGAAGAGAAGAGGCCCGCCGGUGUCUUCGCUACCCUCAACGACGCCUGCGCGACCGCCCACGCCGACCCCUCCGCCGCCGACAACACCUUCGUCCAGCGUCUCAACGGUCUCUCUUCGCAUCCCAACUUCGCGGCACGCCAAGGGAACUUCAUCAUCAAGCACUACGCCGGUGACGUCGAGUACGCGGUCCAGGGAAUGACGGACAAGAAUAAGGACCAGCUCCUCAAGGACUUGCUUGUCUUGGUCGGCCAGAGCUCGAACCAGUUCGUCCACACGCUGUUCCCUCACCAGGUUGAUACGGACAACAAGCGCCGUCCGCCGACCGCUGGUGAUAAGAUCAAGGUUUCCGCGAACGACCUAGUCGCAACCCUCAUGAAGGCCUCUCCGUCGUACAUCCGCACCAUCAAGCCGAACGAGAACAAGUCGCCUAGCGAGUUCAACGAGGCCAACGUCCUGCAUCAGAUCAAGUAUCUCGGUCUUCAGGAGAACGUCAGAAUCCGCCGUGCUGGUUUUGCUUCUCGUCAAACAUUCGAAAAGUUCGUCGAGCGCUUCUUCCUUCUGUCACCGAAGACUUCGUACGCAGGAGAAUACACCUGGACUGGUGACUACAAGACGGGAGCCAAGCAGAUCCUUAAGGACACUAGCAUUCCUGCGGAAGAGUGGCAAAUGGGUGUUUCAAAGGUGUUCAUCAAGACUCCUGAGACGCUUUUCGCUCUGGAGACUAUGAGAGACAGGUAUUGGCACAACAUGGCCAUUAGGAUCCAACGUGCUUGGCGCAACUACUUGCGAUACCGCACCGAGUGUGCGAUCCGUAUCCAGCGGUUCUGGAGGAAGCUUAACGGCGGCAAGGAGUUCAUUCAGUGGCGUGACCAAGGCCACCAAGUCUUGGCCGGCAGGAAGGAGAGAAGACGUUACAGUUUGACUGGUUCCCGUCGGUUCAUGGGAGACUACCUGGGUAUUGCUAAUCACGGAGGCCCCGGCGAGGUCAUGGCGGAUUCCAUCAACAUCAAGGGAGAACCGGUGCUCUUCUCAUGCAGGGCGGAAGUACUUGUCUCGAAGCUUGGUCGUUCGAGUAAGGCUGAGCCCCGUACGCUGAUUCUGACGAACAAGAACGUCUACAUCGUCAAGCAGGCCAUGGUCAACAAGCAAAUCACCAUUCUUGCAGAACGGACAAUCACCCUGGGGGCUAUCAAGUUCAUAAGCUGCUCGAACCUCAAGGAUGAUUGGUUCUCGAUAGGAGCCGCUUCACCACAGGAGCCGGACCCCCUUGUCCACUGCAUUUUCAAGACCGAAUUCUUCACCCACCUUACGAAUGCCACCCGCGGCACCUUUGAGCUCAAGAUCGGACCAACCGUCGAAUACAAUAAGAAGCCUGGCAAGAUAGCUGUUGUCAAGACUCAAAAGGACCCGCAGGUCCCGGCACAACAGGACCUGUACAAGAGCUCAACGAUUCAUACCAGCGCAGGAGAGCCGCCCAACUCUGUUUCCAAGCCUACACCAAAGGGUAAGCAGAUCGCAGCGAAGCCAAUCUCGAAGGGCAAGCUUCUGCGACCUGGCGGCCCUGGCGGCGGCCCUUCGAAACUGGCCAACCGUCCGAAGCCCACACCUGCUCCUGCUGCGGCAGAGCAGCCCAGAGCCGUACCACAGCCAGUUGCCGCGUUGUCAAAUGGCCAUUCGCGCACCCCGUCAUCGUCGUCAGGGCGGGCUCCUCCGCCUCCGCCUCCUCCGCCUGGACCGCCCGCAGCGCCAAGGGAACCUACCUUCAAGGCGCUCUACGAUUUCAGUGGCCAAACAAGUGGCGAGCUUAGCGUCAAGAAAGACGAGGUUAUCCUCAUCCUCCAGAAGGAGAACAACGGCUGGUGGCUUGCCAAGCGUCUCGAUGGUUCGGCCCAGGGCUGGGCACCCUCUGCGUACCUCGAAGAGGUCGUCCAGGCCGCCAAACCUACUCCCCCUCCUCCGCCGCCACCAACUGCCCGCCCCGUCCCCACGCCUCCCAACGGUGUCGCAGCCGCAGCUGCCAAGAAGCCGGCUCCUCCGGCUCCCCCGGCCAAACGCCCGGCCGGCCGGAAACCUGCGCCGCCGCCGGCCCCGAGGGACAGCGGUUACUCAACGGCUGAGAGCGGAGCAAGCAAUGGAGGCGGUGGUGCGCCGAGCAUGGCUGGUGGAUUGGCGGAGGCUUUGAGGGCGAGACAAGCCGCAAUGAACAAGAAGGACGAUGAUGAAGACGACUGGUAG